AUGUAUAUAUCCAUAAAAACACAUAUAUACACUAACACCAUAUAUACACAUACACCAUCUAUCUAUCUAUCUAUCUAUCUAUCUAUCUAUCUAUCUAUCUAUCUAUCUCUCUCUCUCUCUCUCUCUCUCUCUCUCUCUCACUCUAUAUCUAUCUAUAUCUAUAUAUAUAUAUAUAUAUAUAUAUAUAUAUAUAUAUCUUCUUCUUCUUCUUCUUCUUCUUCUUCUUCUUCUUCUACAUGCCGUGUCGCUUCGAACAUUUACACAUGUGCUUUUCCACCUCCUUAUUAUUCUCCUCCUCCUCCUCCUUCUUCUUCUUCUUCUUCUUCUUCUUCUUCUCCUCCUCCUCCUCCUUCUACAUGCCUGACGUGUCGCUUCAAACACUUAUUUUUUUUCUGCUUCUUGUUCUUCCUCUUUACGUCACUUCAAACAUUAACAUAUGCUCGUUUUCUUUUUCUUUAUCAUCAUCAUGAUCAUGAUCAUCAUCAUCUAUGCACCGUGUCACUUCAAACACUCAUAGAAUUUUCUAUUCAGCUUCUUUUUCUUCUUCAUGUGACUUCAAGCAUUUAUAUAAACUCCUUUAAUUCUUCUUCUUUUCUUCUUCUCCUUCUUCUAUGUGCCGUGUCACUUCAAACACUUACAGGAUUUCGUAUUCUGCUUCGUGUUCUUCUUUUUCUUUUUACGUCACUUCAAACAUUUACAUAUGCUCAUUUUCUUCUUCUUCUUCUUCUUCUUCUUCUUCUUCUUCGUCUUUCAUGUAUUACAUUCAUUCAAAAUUUGUCUUUAUGCAAUCUCUCCUAA